AUGUCAACUCCACAACGCCCCGUCUACACGUCAGCGCAGAUUGCAAAAUACUUUGACCGCCUCAAGUUGCCAGAGGAACAGCGCAACUAUUCAGCGGGUGCUCGCGUUUUUAAUGAGCGACUGUCUGGAUGGUUGAAUAGGGGUCACAUGAUCAUAUUGGUCAAAAUCGGAGGCCAAAAGUACCAUGUAGACGUUGGCUUCGGCGCCAAUGGACCCAUCAUGCCCAUGCCACUUGAUCGCUCAGGCACAAUCCGGUCACACAUUACCCCAGCCUCAGUGCGCCUUCAGUGGAAGGAUAUACCGCAGAAUUCAGACCCCGAUCAAAGGCUCUGGAUUUACGAGCACAAGAUCAACGAGGAGCUUGACUGGGAGAUGAUGUACUGCUUUACCGAGCUCGAAUUCCUACCGGGCGACUACCGCGUCAUGAACUUGAGUACGAGCACCAGUCCGACGACUUUCUUCACGAAGAUCGUUUUCAUGGAGAAGAAGCUGCUUGGCGAAGAUGGUGAAAUAAUAGGGAACAUCAUCUUGGGGACUGACGCCAAGUGGAGGAUACAUGGAAACAAGGAAAGAGAGAUAAAGUUCGAGAGCGAAGAGGAUAGAGUAAAGGCGAUCGAAGAGCAUUUCGGGGUCAAGCUGGGUAUCGUAGAGAGGGACAGCUUCUUAGGCCUGGUGUCACAGAUCAAUUCGGAACGGUAG